ACCUGGUGGAGGUGUCCGUCUGUGUCUCAGUCUUGGCUUCAUUGAUUGACUUGGUGGAUUUGCAGAGGCGGGGAGAAGGGAUUCCCGUGUCUCUUGCAGGAGUCAGCGCUCGGCGGCGGCUGACGAGGGGGAUGAAUGCAACAAGGUCCAAGUGCUGUCACAUCGCCUUAUAAAUAAAGAAAUAAACUUUGCAUUGGCGCAUCCGUCAUGGCUAGGAACACCACCUUGUAUUUUCGUCUUAUCGAGGGAAGAAAUUUGCCAGCAAAGGACGUAUCUGGUACCAGUGAUCCUUACUGCCUGAUCAAGGUGGAUAAUGAAGUGGUGGCGAGAACUGCGACAGUAUGGAGGGACCUGAAUCCAUUCUGGGGUGAAGAAUAUACUCUCCACCUGCCCAUGGGCUUUCAUAACCUCUCGUUUUAUGUCAUGGACGAAGACACCAUUGGGCACGACGAUGUCAUAGGGAAGAUUUCUCUAAACAGGGAGUACAUUGCAGCUCAUUUAAGAGGUAUUGACAACUGGAUAAAUUUGGUUCGAAUUCACCCGGAUGAGGAGAUUCAAGGAGAGAUACACCUGGGUUUAGAGAUUCUCCGCGAUCGGCAGACUAAAGUCCUAAAGUGCCAUCUUAUCGAAGCCAGAGACCUUGCACCGAGAGAUAUCUCUGGCACGUCAGACCCGUUUGCAAGACUGGUGUUCAACAACAAAACUACAGAAACAGCAACAAUAAAGAAGACUCGCUUUCCCCACUGGAAUGAGGUGUUUGAGUUUGAACUGGAGGAUCACAAGCCAACGGAAGACAUGAUCUUCACUGUGGAAGUCUGGGACUGGGACAUGGUGGGAAAGAACGACUUUCUUGGGAAGAUUGACUUUGAUUUGGAGGAAGUUCAGAAGACUCAAAUGACCCGGGGCUGGUUUAGGCUGUUGCCUUUUGAAAAAGUUGAAGAUGAUUCAGGUGGUAAAUUGGGAGCGUUACGAUUAAAGGUCAGGCUGGCAGAAGAGCGGAUAUUGCCCUCGAUGUACUAUCAGCCUCUGAUUGAUCUUCUGGUGGACUCUGUAAUCUCUCCAUCCAAGAGCGGUGCUGUGGACUGGCCAAACAUAAGGACCACUGUGCCCCAAUCUGCACAGGCUUACGAUGAACGGCAGGCAGCAGCAGACCCCCUGAACUGGGUUGAGGAUGUCACCCCUCUUACCAUGUUGGAGGAGGUUACCACCGUGGAGAGCAGACAAGACAUGGCUGUGACACUGGUGAAGAUGUUCCUUGGUCAGGGCUUGGUGGUACCUUUCCUUGACCACCUCAACAUGAGAGAAGUGAACAGAACAACUGAUCCAAACACACUUUUCAGAUCAAAUUCUUUGGCCUCCAAAGCAAUGGAACAGUUUAUGAAGUUGGUGGGAAUGCCAUAUUUGCAUGAGGUGCUGAGGCAAAUCAUUAACCGUAUUUUUGAUGAGAAGAAAUAUGUUGAACUGGAUCCUAGCAAGAUUGACCUGAACAAAAUAAGGAGAAUCUCUUUCAAAGGGGGCCAUUCAGAAGCCAACGUGAGAGAAUGGAGCCAGGAGAUGUUAAAGUCAUACCUGAGUGAUGUGAUAGAUGCCAUUGUGAGUUCUGUGGAACAGUGCCCAGCCGUGAUGAGAGUUGUGUUCAAACAACUGCACAAACGAGUGGCAGAGCAGUUUCCCGAAGCCGAGAAUGAGGAUGUAAAGUACUUGGCUAUCAGUGGUUUCCUGUUCCUGAGGUUCUUUGCUCCAGCUAUUUUAACUCCAAAACUCUUCAAACUCCGAGAUCACCACGCUGAUACGAGGACAGGGAGAACUCUGCUACUUUUAGCAAAGGCUGUUCAGAGUAUCGGUAACCUGGGGCUGCAGCUGGGGUAUGGGAAGGAGAUCUGGAUGACCCCCCUCCAUCCAUUCAUUCUGCAGAGCGUUAGCUGUGUGAAGGACUUCCUUGAUAAACUCAUAGACAUCGAUAAUGAAAAUGCUGCAGACCUGCAGCCACGCUUGACCUUCCACCCAUCACUGACCAUUAAGGAAGGCUACCUCCACAAACGCAAAGCUGAAGAUGUCAACCUUGUUACUCGCUUCACCUUUAAAAAGCGCUACUUCUGGCUCAGCAGUGAAAGCCUAUCGUAUGCCAAGUCUUCCGAUUGGCAGGUGAAAUCUUCCAUUCCAGUGCAGCGUGUUUGUGCCGUCGAGCGGGUGGAUGAGAAUGCUUUCCAGCAGCUCCACAUGAUGCAGGUCAUCACACAAGACAAUGAGGCACAGCUCCACAUAAUGUACAUCCAGUGCAAGAACGUGAAUGAACUGAAUCAGUGGCUAUCGGCUAUCAGGAAAGCCAGUCUCUACAAUCAACAUAUGCUUCCUUCCUUCCAUCCAGGUUCUUAUAGAAGUAACCGGUGGACAUGUUGUCUGCACACAGAAAGGACCGUGCAGGGGUGCAGCCGGACACACUCCGCCGUGACCCUGGGGGACUGGAGUGACCCCCUCGACCCUGACGUUGAGGCUCAGACCAUCUACAAGCAGCUGCUGCAAGGCAGAGAGAAGCUGAAAAAGAAAUACUUUGAGCCUCUAGACACAGGCUCGUUGACGGAGCAGGAGGAGAGAGUGGACACGGAUGGAACUAACGCAGCAGGGGUGGAGAAGAGUCGUUCUUUGCACGACCAACAAACGGCAGCCGUCACCAGGCUUCUGGAAGUGGUACGAGACCUCGAACAUGCCCACCAAGCAUUUGAAAGCAGGGAGAAGGAGAAGCAAGCCAACGAACUGUCCGUUCCCUGAGUAACUUGUUGCCACCGGCCAUGAGACCCAUCAGUGAAUGCUCUGUGCACAGCAUGCAACAAUUGGGUCUGUGGCUUUAAACAAGAACAAAGUACAUAAUUUGCCUCAUUGCCAUUUGCAACACAUAGAUACAGAGGCCAGAAAAUGAUGCCCAUCUGGGGAAGAAGCUGCAUCAUUAUCACAAAUAACCCAUAUCCAUGGCAACACUGGGGUGAGUUGCCAUUUAAAGUAAAAAAGGAGAUUUAAACCAUUAUUAAUGUAAGGACACUGAGGUUUUUAGCCCCUGAGCCAGUACUGUAUUCUAAAACCUGUCCCAUUUACUCAUUUGUAAAGAUGUCCUUCUUGGUAGCAUGCCACUGUACCACAGGAAAUCAACAAUUCAUCUUAGCAUAGUGAUUCAAAGUAAUCAAGUGUGUGUGAAGUUGGCCAGCCAUAGGCCCCAAGCAUCAGCUUAACAUACCUCUGGACUGCUGUAAACUGGUUCAGAGAAGCUGUGAUACUGGUGACACAAGGAAUUGCUGCUGCUGGAAUAUUGAGCAAAACACAAGUGCUGGAGGAACCUAACGG